CGAACAUCUGUCUUUAGUGUUUUUGAAUUUUAAAUGUAUAGUUUUACGUUUUAAACGAAACUAAUAAUGUGUGUUGACGUUUUUAGUUGAUGGACCGGUGAAUACCUAUUUUUAAAACAAUAAUACAUUCCAUAUAUUUUAAUUAAACCACCUAUAGUGUAAAUUGGUAUCACAUACUGUGAAAAAUGUGUACAUACGAUAAACGAAUAAUGUGCAAAAUAAAUAAAAGUCUUUUGUUAACAUCGUUGGUAAGUUUGUUUGAAGUUUCUGACUUAUUUUUUUUAUGAAAUAUAUAAAUUGUCAAUCUGAAGAUAUUUCUACGGUUUUCAAAAAUAUUUCCUUUUACAAUAUCUUAAUCUUCUCCUUUGCCUUCAUCCUAUCUUUUUAAAGGUCAGCUAACCCCGUGCUAAAUUUCUGCUCGAACCGAUCUACCACAUCGCAUUCAUAAACUGCCAUCACUAAUUCAAAAUCACAUCUAAUCGUCGCUUUUUCAUUUUGCCUCACUACCUCUUUCUGAAACUAUUUUUUCUGCUUUUGUCUACUAUUGAAGCCACUUCUAAACUAUUUCUCAUGUCUUCGGCCCUAUCAUUCCUUGUCAAUCCAGUGACUCCUCUCAUUUAGCGAAAAAUUUUCAGCUCUGUUAUAUUCAUUCUCGGUUUAUCAUACAACACAUUAAGUAAUAUUAAAAUCUUUUGAUUCCGAUUUUUAAAAAAAUUUUGUGUCAAAACUAACAAGAUCUUGACAACAACUAUAACACAACCCAAACUAAGAUUUGGUUAAUUAUUUUUUAACAAUUUUUAUUGUUUUGUGAAACAUUAUACUUUUGGAAAGGGAACUUAAAUUUUUAAAUAGUCAAUUUUAUUUGUCUAUGAGAUAUUAAUGAUAAAAAUAAAACUGUCACCUUGGGCCGUAAUCAGGCGACGCACAGUAGUGUAAUUAUGAAAUUUUAGGUAGUAAGAAUGGGCUGAUAAAAAUGUUCAAAAAUCUAUUUUUUUUUUCUAGAAUCUUAUAAUUAGGUNCGAUAAACCGUUGUUUACAAAAAACAAUUCUAAGUGCAGUUAUGUUGAUAGUUAUGCUUUGUCAACAAUAUAUAGGUAUUUUAAACAUAAGUCAGUGGUGAAAUAAUUAAUUAUGCAUAAUAUAUUUUCUUUAAUAAUAUUUGUUUAAUAUUGUACCGUUCUUCCCGUUUUUCACAUUUGCUGGGAAAACUUUUUGGGAAAUCGAAAAAUGACCUAUCUAAAAUACCUUCUCAGUAAAUUACUUUUUUGGAAAAAGAGCUUUAGUUUUAAGUUGCUGGAAGUUUAGUUGUACACAAAAACGAGAAGAAAAUAAUAAAAUAAAAAGGUCUAUUAGAUUUAAAGAAAAAAUGUGCGUUUACAAAAUCUAAAAUAUUUUUUUUUAUACUUUUGAUAUAAUAAAAAAAAAUUGUUAUUAUUACUAAAUUUAUGUAGUUAUGCCUAGUCAUUAUUUGGGCCAUCGUUUCGAGAGUCCUGACCGAUAUAAAUACCAUAACAGUUUACCACGAAUCUCAGAUGUUCACUGUUGAUAUUGACAAAACUAAAUUUUCAAAUCCCUCUCCUGCCAUUAAGUUCUGCGUAUGCCUAUGCUUUUGUUGAAGAAUGUCAGAUUUGUCAAUAGUAUGUAUCAAGUCUGGAAUAUUUAAAGAAAUAAAGGAGAAAGAGCUUGUUCAUAAAUUUGCUGUAUCUAAUAAAAUCAAUGGAAGAAACGUUUUUUUUUUUAAAAAGACUUUUAUAAACAUUAUAAGUUUCUUUUUUACAUUACAUUAUAUCAAUUUACCUAUAGGUCAUAACUAUCAUAAUAAAUAUAUGUGUGUAUAUACAUUUUAUAUUGCGUAUAAUUUAAUAUUCAAAAACAGAUAAAUUAUAUAAUUAUAAAAUGAUGUUUUGAACUUGUAGUCGUUUUAGUAGGUAACGAAAGUAAUCAAAUUUGUAUUAAGUUGUUUUGCAUAUUUAUAUAGCAUUACAAGUAAUAUAUGUACUUUUAAUGGAACCAUGAUAACAGUACAAAAUAUGCAUAGUAAAUUUUUUUAUAUAUUGCAUAUGCACCGGGGUAGCUCCAAUCUUUAUUCCGGUCUUGUUUAUGAGAAUCCCUAAAUAUGGGCUGUUCCACGAAGGUAUACUUCUUGAAUAUCUCUGGAGAUAAUAUAUUUAAUCGAAUUUCGUUUUUUUAUUAUUAUUUCCCAUAAAUAUGAGGAGUAGAAAUACUUAAAUCCGUUUUAAAUUCUACUUAUCAGUGUGAAACCAUUGUUAUGGCACAACGUAAUUUGGUUAUAUAGCUAUAUAAUAUAUCGAAUUUCGAUGGCAAUGGUUAAUUGUUGCGUACAGAAAUACAUUAAAUUUCCCCUCUGUCUACCUAACUUCUCACUCACAGCAGUGGCCUACCCACCUGCAAAGUAUGUCCAUUUUGUUUAUUAUAUAAUGUUGACAUUAUAACUGUAAGUCGUAGAAGAGUGUUAUAAUUAUAAUUAUAAUUAAUGUUCGUGUUUUGUUUAAAAAUAAUUCAUCGCAAUUCAAGUACCUACCUAAUAUCGAAUUUAUGGAUUUUUUUUAAUCUCUUAAAUCUUUUCAACUAUAAUACAUACUAUAUAUCUACUAAAAAAAUAUUAAAUUAAUUAUGAUUCGUCGGCGAUAUUACUUUAAAAUUACUUGGAUAAUAAUUUAAGUGUAUAUUAUAAUUAUAUAUUCUUUACAUGUCAUUAUUUCUUUUGCGAAACUAGAUUAUCAUAUUGAUAAAACAAUCUUACUGUAUGGAAGCCCAAAACCAUGAAAAAAAGUUAUGUUCUUCGUUGACGGAAUACCUAAUUGAAAAUGAUUUUGAUAAAGACAAAAUGGUAUACAUUUUCAAUGAACAGCAAAGACAUAAAUGUUUCCAGGGAUUGGUGGGAAAACCACCGUUAUUGGUAGAGACGCUACACAAACAACUCGUUGACCGUUAUAAAUCUGGAAAAUGCCAACCACAAAUUGAUGAUUAUAAUUUAUUUAAUGAAAUGUACACAAAACGGAAUCCAUAUACAAAAAACUUAAAGUGCGAUUGGAUCAGACCUAAGAUACCAAACACAUUAGACAUUAUAUGCAAACAUGGUCUUGGCCAAUAUUUUUUGCAGCAUGGCACUCGUGUGUACCACCAUUUUCUUAAAUAUUUAACACAAAAAAAAAAUAGCAAGAACGAGAAAAAAAUUCCCGAAAAAGAACAAAAACAAUGGAUAAACAAUAAAACAUGGAUAGAAUACGUGUCAAAAUUACCAUUUGUGGGGAAUAAUGUUAUGUUAGUAGCAGAACAUUAUAUCAAUGCGUACUACCAUAGGAAGGAUUGCGAUAUGAUUGUAAACGAUUAUAAUGCCUAUUAUGAUUUUUUCAUGGAAAAAUAUAAAGACAUUCAUCCAAAUAAUAAAUAUAAUUAUUAUCGUGAGAGUUGUGAUUGGUUCCGGAGACUAAAUUCCCAACAUAAAUUCAUCGAAGAACUUAUAAAUUAAAUACAUUUUAGUGUUGACAUUUUAAAUUUCUGUCAACCCGAAACAGCGAUAUCCCAUUUUAAUGUAUAGGUUGUGGGAAAGUAAUGCAGCACUCAUCGUUUAUAUCACGGUCUUGCGGGACGAGGUGUUUGAAUUAUAUUCCACUGAACUCACUUUGCCCAAACGUAUAAGUGGAGUAUGAUAUCUCAAUUAAGAUUUUUGCGGAAAUUAAACAAUGUCGACUCCAAGUAUAUAUAUGCACCAAAUAUUAUAUUUUAUUACAAGAAUAAUAAUUAAUAAUUUAAAAUAUAAUUAAUUUUAUCUGUUGAUUUUCUUUACACGUAUGACUGCUAUAUACAACAUUUAAAACUGCAUGUUAAUUUUAUUAUUGUCUGUAGUUAAAUUUAGUGUGGAUUAAAUAUACUGGGUUUUGUUCCAUUAUCCAUUUUAACGAAAAUAAAAAUAAAAUAUUAGA